AUGCCCUUGCUCUCCUCCUUCCUCAUCAUGAUUGAAUACAACACCCUCUGUCGCUUCAGCUUGAUCUCCGACAGAAAAACCUCCACCGAAACAGCACACAAACGCUUUGGCGAUAUGUCCAAUCAUGGGAAAAACAACAAGCUCCCCAUGGCCAAGGUUGAAGUCCUUGAUGAACUUCCUUUAGUCAUCGCCGCCGAUGCAUGUGUUGCCAUGCGCAAUGAGAACACCCACAACGUAUCGGCGGCCAUGAGCUUUCAAGUUCAAGAACCCAUUGGCAAACUUUUGUGGGAACCGCUGCAUGGUAGAGCAUGGGAGUAUCUGAAAAAAAUGCAUAUCAACUAG